AUGGAUGGGCCUAUCAGUGUUGAGUCGUCACGCCUCUUGAAGAAGUCUCGGGACCAGCUUGGCCAGUGGUACGAUACGGAAGAGAAAUACUGGGCGCAAAGGGCCCGUAAUCAGUGGCUUAGAGAAGGCGAUAGGAAUACUCGGUAUUUUCACAUGCCGGCGACGGGUCGUAAAAAGAAAAAUUCCAUUGAUAAGCUUAAAGACAUGCAUGGCACGUGGCAGGAGGACAAGAAGGAUAUUUGCCAUAUUGUUUGGAGUUAUUUCCAUAACCUGUUCAAAACCUCGAUUGAUCCUAAUGAGGAUGUUGGCCUUAACUUUAUCCCGGUUUGCAUUUCUGACAACAUGAACUGCUUUUUAAACAGAGAGUUCUCCGACGAGGAGAUCAUGGCGACUUUUAAGCAAAUGGAUCCCCGCAAAGCUCCGGGGAUUGACGGGCUGUCCGGGAGUUUUUUCAAAGAGCACUGGGCGGUUGUGGGAAGUGAUGUUUUUAAGACGUGUAGUGAUAUCCUCAAUGGCAAGAAGAAUGUGGAUUACUUAAAUGAUACUUUGUUGAUUCUGAUUCCUAAGAUAAAAAACCCUAGUGAGAUGUCUAACUUUCGUCCUAUAAGUUUGUGCAGGGUCAUUUAUAAGAUUAUUUCGAAAACUCUGGCAAACCGUCUUAAAGUGGUGCUCCCCCAGUGUAUCACCCAAAAUCAGAGUGCCUUUGUCCCUGGUAGGAUGAUUCAUGACAAUGUCUUGGUCGCUCAUGAGCUUAUGCAUUACCUUCGCAGUUCAAAAAAUGGCUCCAAUAAGGGCUGCGUGAUAAAGCUCGACAUGAGCAUGGCUUACGACCGGGUGGAGUGGAGUUUCCUGGAAAAAGUGAUGUUUAAAAUGGGCUUCUCUAAUGAUUGGAUUAAAAAGAUUAUGAGUUGUGUUUGUACGGUGCAGUAUAGAGUAAAGUGUAGCAUGAGUUUAACAGACACUAUUAUUCCGGAAAGGGGUCUUCGUCAAGGAGAUCCCUUAUCCCCCUACUUAUUUCUUUUUUGCAUGGAUGCUUUCUCUCACAUGUUGCUGAAAGCUCAAGUUAACAAUGAGAUUAAGGGUAUCCGUGUUUGCAAGGAUGGCCCUAGAAUUAACCACUUAUUUUUCGCUGAUGAUGCCCUUUUGUUUGUCAGGAACCAACGUAAAGAAGUGGAAGUUUUCUUAACAUUGCUGAAUAAUUUCUCAAGGAUGUCGAGCCAAAGUAUCAACUUGGAGAAGUCGAUGGUGUACUUUAGCCCCAAGACUCCUGCUUUCCAACAUGAGUUAUUGGGGGAUCUGCUGAAGAUGAAAGUUGUUGAUAAGCUGGAUGGCUACUUAGGUCUUCCUAUCCCGGCAACUAGAAAGAAAUCUAGCUUGUUUCGGAAUACCGUGGACUGUGUUGCGAGUAGAAUUAACAGUUGGUCAAAGCGGCUUUUAUCUAAGGGUGGCAAAGAGAUUUUUAUUAAGUCUAUCAUUCAAGCUAUCCCUUCUUAUGCUUUCUCGGUCUUUUUGGCUCCUAAAGGCGUGAUUGAGGAGAUCCAUUCCAUGGUGCGCCGGGUGUGGUGGGGUGGGGGGAGAGGAAUAGAGGUUGGAGCAUGCUGGCCUGGGAUCGGUUGUGUCAUCCCAAAGGUGUGGCGCCUCAUUCAGUAUAAGGAUACUCUCUGCUAUAAGGUUUUGAGUGCUAAGUACUUUGUGAAUGGCAACGUUCUUUGCCCUAAACGUACGUAUAACCCCUCUUUUACGUGGCAAAGUAUAUAUCAGGCCUCUAAGCUUCUCAACGAGGGCUUCGGGUGGACUGUCGGCAAUGGUAAGAGUAUCCGAAUUUGGCAGGAUAACUGGGGUUUUAGAGGUUUGUCGGGCGAGUCCAUAUGCAUUGACAAGAGCUUGGUCAAGGAAAGCAUUGUGAGGGACCUGUUUAAUGAAAGCCAUGACGGGUGGGAUAAGGAUAGGGUGAUGGCUAUUUAUGGGGAUUUGUUGGGGGACCAAAUUUGCAAUUGUCCCAUUCUGCAUGAUGCUCCGGAGGAUCGACGUAUUUGGUUCCAUAAUCCUCACGGGGUGUUCACCUCGAAAUUAGCGUACUCGUGGCUGCUCCUCAAACAAAUUGGUUUCGGUCCUCAUAGGAUCUUCUGGAGAAUUAUUUGGAGGCUUAAAACUCUCCCGAAAAUCCGCAUUUUUUGCUGGAGACUUGGCCAUAACAUCCUGCCAACUUAUGAAAAAAUUUCUAGUUUCAGGAGUGGUUUCAACGAUACUUUCCCGAGAUGUGGUAAAGAUAAGGAAACACUCAUUCACGCGCUGAAAGACUGUCCGAUGGCUCGUAAGGUUCUGGAGAACGUGUGGAAUAGCAGAAAUAAUAAAAUCUUCAGGGGUGUCGAGGAAGAUGCUAAAGUGACCUGGGAUCGGGCUACGGCAUUAAGCAAGGAGUUCCGGAUUUUUAAUUUCUUGGAGGAUCCGCUGCUCCCGAGAAAACCUGAGAAAAAAGCUUGGAAAAAACCGCAUCGGGGGAUGAUAAAAAUUAACUUUGAUGCCUCUGUUUAUGAUAAGAAGGCGUUCUACGGCUUGGUUGCUAGGGAUGCUGAUGGUUUUGUUCUUGGCGGGCGGACGGGUUUUGUUAAUAAAGAAAUGCAUAUUGAGUGGGCUGAAAUGCAGGCUAUGGAAGAAAGCAUUAAUUUUGCUCGGUCUAAUAAUUGGAAAAAUGUGGAGUUGGAAUCUGAUUGUGCUAGUCUUUUUAAUCGUUUCAACAAGAGACAGGAAGAUCUGACAAUGGCGGGCCACCGUUUGCGGGAUAUUAAGAAGCAGUCGCUUUUCCUAAAUCAGUUUUAUUUUUGUUGGGCACCGCGCAGCUGUAAUAAAGCUGCGGAUGCCCUUUGUACUUGGGCUAGGACUAAUAAUUGUUGUAUGGCUUUUAAUAUGGAUUACCCUGCGUGUAUCCAUGCAAUUGUGUUGAAUGAUGCUAUUAAGUAA